AUGGAGGACAAGAGGACAAAGGAGAACACUGCACGAGUCAAAGAGCUUUGUGUGACCUCAAGGAAGGCUAAGCUUGUUUAUAGUAAGGUAGAGGAUCUCAAUGUUGAGGAGCUCAGUGAGCUUCUGCUUGACCUCUCACGGGUCCAGCGAGAGAUUAACGAUCGACUUCCUCCACAGCAACCUAGCAACCAGCUAGAGAACCCGAGCUUCACCCAGCAGCACAGCCUGAAAACCAUGCAAGCAUCGGAGACUUCACUGCCACUCACCCAUUUCCCAUUCAUCAAUGGCCUUCACCUAUUCAAUCUGAUGGGCCAUAUUUUGAUGCUUGUAUGGACUGAAUCUUUGCUUGGGAGACCAUGGAGAUACUAG